AACAAAUUUUAAGAACAUAUGAGAGUGAAACCCUAGUUGGCAUUGCGUUCGUUUGUUCACUCUCCGCGUAACGGCGAAAACAUCACCAUUAGCCAUGGCUUCUUCAAAGACUGUGAAGGAUGUUUCACCUCGCGAAUUUGUCAAUGCUUACUCAGCUCACCUCAAGCGAUCUGGCAAGUUGGAGCUGCCUGAGUGGACUGAUCUUGUCAAAACUGCAAAAUUCAAAGAAUUGGCUCCCUAUGAUCCUGAUUGGUAUUAUGUUAGAGCUGCUUCCAUGGCAAGGAAAAUCUACGUAAGAGGCGGUCUUGGUGUUGGUUCAUUCCAGAGGAUUUACGGUGGGAGUCAGAGGAAUGGAAGUCGUCCUCCCCAUUUCUGCAAGAGCAGUGGUGCUAUUGCUCGUCACAUUCUUCAACAGUUGGAGAACAUGAACCUCAUCGAGAUGGAUACCAAGGGUGGCAGGAAAAUUACAUCCAGUGGCCGGAGGGAUCUCGACCAAGUGGCUGGACGGAUUCUAGUUGCACCUUGAUUUGUCAGCAAAAGCUUUGAAUUAAACUUCUAUUUGAAGAAGUUUUGAUCCCAUAUUAUGCCUAAAUUAUGGUUUUAACUACCUAAUAUCUUAUAAAUUUGACAUUAAAUGUUUCUUUUUAGUCAUUUAGAUUAUAUUUUCUUACAUUUUAAGUUUUAUUUUUCAUUGAAGAUUGUUCAAUCUUCACUUUGGACAUUAUUGAUUAUUGUCAAUCUUCAUCUUGGACAUUAUUCCUUUGCCUAAUUACACGCUUUCGGAUCA